GGGAAGCGCCUGUGUGUGCUCGACUCGGGCGGCCAGCUGCUCGAUGGUGACGACCAGCCGAUCGACCUCAUGAGCUGGAAGGCCAAGCUGCCCCACUGCAAGAAGCGGUGCCCCGGCACCGCCGACGGACCGUUCGCCCGCAUCGACGUGCGCCUCGACUUUGGCGAACUCGAAUUCUUGCAGGACAUGCUCAAGAAUGAAGGGGACAGCAAGUGGAAGGAGUUCUUUUUCGAGGGCAAGUACGGCUACGAGAAGCGGGCGUUCAUUCCCCUCUCGCCGCCCACGCAUCCCUUCAAGGGCGGGCCGCUCUAUAGCCCCGAGAUCCCGUCCGCCCGCAUCCAUCCUAUCGCCAUCGGUAUAUGCAAGUGUUGCUCGCACGUGACGUUCGCCCACUGCAUCCGUCACAGCAUGCUGCUCACCAAGGCGCACGUUCAGGAGGACCCGCUCUCCGUCGUCGUAUCAUGCGCCACUCCUGGGUGCCAGACGGAGACGACCGGUAAGGGGCUCGGCGUCAAGUGCCGAACCCGUCGGGGCGGCGACAUCGACUGGCUGCACCUGCUCAUCAGCAAGUCCGAGGCGGCCUACCUCAAGAAGGCCUGGUAUGGCCGCGGCCUUCACUACCACAGCAGCCUCACCUUCUCCACUCGGAUGCUGAUCUGCCGACAGUGCAAGAGCGUCAGCUUUCCGGGCGUGGAGGGCAGGCUCUGCGAGCUGACCAAGGCUGGCCUCAUGACC